AUGGUUCGUCCGGAUGAUGGGCACUCGGCGGAUCUGAGUACAGGCUGGCGGGCGAUGCUGCGAUACUACACGACGACUCUGGCGCAGAUGCUGUCGACGAAUACUGAGAGGCAAGUCUGGGAGAACAGUACACCAGCCGAGAUCAAAACAACUCUCGAUAGCGGUAUGGGAGAGCUUACAAAGAACAGUCAGUCCUUCGGCUGCUUCUCAAAUAGAUACAUGCGUAUAGAGGAUGAUGAUGGCAAUCCAGUCGGCAAGACAUGGAGCAUCAGUAUGUGGGAGUCGCUUGGACGUCUUGAGAAAUGGUCUGUGACGCCUAAGCACAAGGAGAUCUUUGGUACACAGAUCAAUCACUUUCAUCGGAUGGACCGGGAAGGCGAGGAAGCCAAUCUUAAUCUUUGGCAUGAGCUCAUGGUGUUACGAAAGAAGGAUCAAUCUUUUAUGUACUAUAACUGUCAUUGGAAAACAGGCAUGCUGGCAGCGGUUUGGAAUAAGUAA